AUGGCUUCAGGUGGAGCGGAGGAAGACGAUGGAGGCGUUCCACUGGACAUCGACAACGUGCACAUGCUCCUCCAAGUGGAGCACGAACAGAUUCAGAAAAGGACAUUCACCAACUGGAUAAAUGCUCAACUCGCUAAGAGAUGCCCUCCCUCGUUUGUGUCGGACCUCUUCUCUGACCUCAGAGACGGCUCACAGCUGCUUGACCUGCUGGAGGUGAUGAGCGACCAGCCUAUGAAGAGACAACGGGGCCGUGGGGUGUUCCAGCAGAGGGCCAACGUUGAGACAGCACUGAACUUUCUCAAGAAGAAAUCUAUCAAACUGGUGAACAUAAACAUCCCAGAUAUCACAGACGGACGGCCCUCCAUCAUCCUCGGACUCAUAUGGACCAUCAUCCUCCACUGUCAUAUUGAGGAGCUGGCCAGAACUCUCUCCUACACUUCUUGUCAUUCCUCCCUCGACUCUCUGGCCAGCCUGGACUCCUGGUCUGGCAGCCCGGUGCCAGCUAGUCCCGUCCCCGCAGGCCGGACGUCGCCUCUCCACAGACGCUUCAGAGUAUCGGCCAAGAAGGCCCUGCUCAUGUGGGUCAGGGAGCAAUGUCAGAAGGUCGGUUGCUCCGUCAGUGUGAGGAACUUUAAGUCGAGCUGGAGAAGUGGAGAGGCCUUCUUGGCCAUCCUGUGUUCUCUCCGACCGCAGCUGGCUGACCUCUCACGGGUCCAGUCCAGAAGCAACCAGGAGAACCUGGAGGAGGCGUUUCAUCUGGCCGAGAGGGAGCUCAACAUCCCCCGCCUGCUGGAUCCCCAGGAUGUAGACGCUAAAGACCCCGAUGAGAAGUCCAUAAUGACUUAUGUGGCCCAGUUUCUACAGUACUCCAAUGACAUGCCGGCACCUGAUGACCAUCUGCAGCUGUUUCCUCUGGUCCAGCCCUUUUCUCUCUCUCCUGUCAACUUGCCUGCUCACUUCACUCCAGCAAUUGCUGUCUCACCGUUACGCCAGGUCUCUCCGAGUCAGCGAGCGCUGGAGGUGACUUCCUGGCUGCAGCAAGCGUACGAGGAACUGUGCGACAUGCGGACGGCUGCAGAGAAGUCAAGCUUUGCAGAGAAGUAUCACGUGCUUCAGAGCCUCGCUGGCUCCUUCACUGAGCAGAGGAGACCAGUUCUGACCCUCUUCGCUGCCAUGAAGCGCUGCCCUGAGCUGAGCCAGGAGCAGUGUGCUCUCAGGACAGCGUGGGAUCGUCUGGAAAAGGAGCUGCAGAGAUGUAACGCAGACUUGGACUCCAGCCUUCCUCCUCCUCUGGACUCGGUCGUAGUGUGGCUGCAGCGUGUGGAGGCAGCGCUAACAGAAGAGGGAGGAGGCGUGAGAGAUCACGCAGAGGCUGCUAAAGAAGCGAGAGCUCAACAGGACACGCAGAAGACUUUAAUUAAGCAGAUGAGCCACCACGUGCACAUUAUUGAUACCUACAACAACAUGGAUGACUCGGGGAACGUAGUUGUGCCACUUGAAAAGUUCCAUGAGAUAAAAAGACGUUUAACCAAUAUCAGAGUCACAGCCAAGUAUCAUGGCAUCACGUUGGAAUACCAGGAGUCCCGUCACACUGUGCUGGAUCUCCUGCGCCGCAUCAACGCUAAGGUUCAGACGUGGAAAGCUUCCUACAGCUCCCAGGAGGCAGUGCUGCUGCUUCUGCAGGACUGGCAUGAAACUGUGGAGCGCAAAGACCUGCUUUUAAUUCUGAUGGACGCUCUCCAGAACCUGAAGGAGAAGGCGAACGCGUACACCAGCAAGGCAGCGCUGAGUGAGGAUUCCCAGCUUGUAACUCGUCAAGUGCAGGAAGCAGAACGUGAAGCUGAACUGGUCACGCAGGCUGUGACGGCUGCGAGAGGGGCGAUGGAGAGAGCGGUGUCUGCGUGGGAGACGUACAACAAGUGCCGCUCUUCUCUGCAGACAUGGCUGGCACAGUCUCCUGCUGCGGGGACGAAGGACAUGAGCGAGUGGACGUCAUGUCAGGCGGAGCUAAACGAGGCGGGGAACUUGCUCAUUGAAGUGACAGAAUCUUCAGCCAGCCGCUCUCUGGCCGAGCAGCUCAGCAAGCUCAACAUGCAGUGGGCUGAAUGCAUGAAGAGGACAAUGUUUGACGUGUCACCGGAGCCCGGUGUCGGUCCCCCGUGUCUUCAAAUGGUGCGUUCACUGACCCAGGAGGCCAGCUGGCUACUGAGGCAGCCGCUGGAGGUUAACUCAGUCCCACUGAAGGCGAACAGGCACAAACUACAGGUGCUGAGUAAAAAGAUGGCGGAGGUGGAUCUUUCACGUCUCGGUCCAUCACCAGAGUUUCACACAGAGAACCUCCCACAGAUGCUUUCUGAGGCAGAGAGGACCUGUGGAGCGCUGCAGCGGGCUGCGUCCAGGCUGGAGGGCCGUCUGGCUGAGCUGGACCAUUGGAGCACAGAAGCUCUGGACUGUUACCAGCAGCAGAAGCACAAGAAGCACAGAGGACGCUCCGCAUUGAAACAAACAGCCAAAGUGCUGGUCUCUCGAGGCUUGCAGCUUGAGAGCCAGGUUGUAACUGAGAGACAGGAUCUGCAGGACCUUGUUGCACGAGUGCAGAACACCUCUCCUCUACAGCGCCUCAGUACCUCUGGCAUGCAGGACAGGAUCUCAGAGGCAGUCUCCCACUGCCAGGAAAUUCUUGGAAUGUUUAGUUGCCUUGGGUUUGUGCAACAUGUUGAAACAGCACAGCAGACACAGAGACAGGCAGAUGCAGAUGCAGGGUUGUUAGUUGUGGCCAGAACCAAACAGGUAGACCUGAUUGGGAAUGUUAUGCUGCAAACCCAGGACCCUAGUCUGGCUUCAUCUCAGAUUCCAUCUCAGACGCCUCAAAGGACAGCAAGUCUCCGAGGUCGGCCUAAAAACCAGCACGUGAACACACGGGAGCAACCGACCAUUGUUAUACCCCGUGUCAAAGUCCCGAUUCUGCCUCAGCCGUUGAGGGAACUGGUGCCUCGUGAUCAAACUGUAAAAGACGCUGAAUCUGAAACCAUGAUCCAGCCUCCAUCGUUUUCCAAAUCCCACGCUCGAGUUGGACCAAAGUGUCCAAACAGUCCAGUUCUGUCCAAACACGAGACGAGUCCAGACCCAGAGGACAAGGAAAGCUCAUCUCCCUCGCAAACAACAAGAGGGCGACCGAGCACUGUGCAGAGUGAGAAGACAUCUCCACAGCCACCGGUUAUGGUCCGCAGUGAAGUUCUUUCAAAAGCCCAGUCCAUGGCGAGGAGCAGACUGGAGAAGGCCAGAGCUCACCUGCAAGGACGCAUCCAGCAGGCCAUUCAGCUGUUUGGUGGCAAAGAGCUUUCGGAGUCACAAGCCAAGAGGAAACAGAGAGCUUUAAAGACUCUGCAGCCUACAAUCCUCGACGAGUUCCUGGCUGCUGUGGAGGGUUAUGGAGCCUUUUGCACUGGACCCCAACUCCAGGACGUGAUGCUGCUCGCUGACUCAGUCAGAAAGCAGUGGGAGGAUGUGCGCAGAGAAAUGGCCGCCUUUGUUCCCAUCAUGUGGUCUCAGAUCAGAGAGAUUUCUGUUGUUCAAUGUGCAACUCAAACUAACGCUCUGCACGAAGCCACUCACCACACUGACUCUUUGCUGCAGCAACAGGUCGUCGUGGACGGAGCUGCGUCUGUUGAGGUUGAAUCCCUCCAGGAGCUGUGGGGAACACUCGCACCGAGAACACCCUCCUGCCAGCUGAAGGAGUCAGAUGAAGCGCAGGAAACACCACCCGGUGACGCAGCGCUCACGUCUCACUGGGGACGGCAGCUCCGGGGAAACACCCCGCUGAGAGCGACUGGCGCGCAGCAGAGCAAACAUCUCUCACAGAAACAAAGCGUGGACAGCCCACAACAAGACCCCUCCCCUGCGUGUGGAGCUGUGACCGUGCAGCCUCAGGGGGACAUCCUCCAAGUGCGAGCUCAGGAUGUCCCAGCUGCCGGCUGCGGGUCGGGGAAAAAACUAAAGUCCUCACUUCGAGCCAAAGAGCAGCAGCUGACAGCUCGUCUGCUGCACAUCACAGAGAGCAAGCAGCAAAGCCAAGCUCGUGUACAGGCGGUUGUCAGGGGCGACACUGUGGAGACCAAGCAGGAGGCGGAGUGGACCGUCGUCCCAGAGACGUCCGCCCCCCCGCAGGAAGAGCCCUCCUCCCGACAGGAAGUUCUGGAAAGGUACAGAAAGUCCUGCUCCGUGUUUCAGUCUCAACUCCAGAAGAUCAAGCAACAUUUAGAAGAGUUUAUCCCAGUCACCCUCUCCCCCCUGCAGAACCAGAAGAAGCAGCUGCAGACUUUAAAGCAGGAGACAGAAGCAAUAUGGUUUGAGUAUGAGCUCCAGUGUGCUCAGCUAUCCCAGUUCUCCCAUCUGAUGACCAGAGAAGAUAAAGGCCAAGUGGAAAGUAACAGGCAGCAGCUGACUCAUCAGUGGAGAGGACAACAAAUGUGCCUCCAGAGAAGAAUGACGUCUCUACAAAAUGCUGCUGACCUGACGGAGGCUGCAGAUGAUCAGAUGGUGCUGAUCACAGAGAAGCUGGACUGGAUCAUCAGAGAGUCUGUGGACGUCUCCUCCGUCACUGAUCCCACACUGGUAUCUGAUUUAAAGGAGAUGGAUGACACACUGCGCUCUGAAAUAAGAAAGCUAUCAGAACGAGGCGCUGAAGAGGAAAGACUAUCCACAUCCCCUUCAUCCCUCUGCCAGGCUCUCCACAACAGCGUGCAUCAUCUGGAGCAGCUCAGACAGCGGCUGGAGAAGGUUCAGUCCGCUGCACACGCUCUGCAUCGCUUCCUGGCCACAGUGAGGGAAAUCAAGGCCGAGAUCCCGGCGCUGCUGGCAGCGCAGGACCCCAGCAGGCAGCAACAUGAGGCAGACGGGGAGCAGGAGAGACACUCUUGGCAGGCAGCAAUGCCGCAGAGGUUGCAGACUGCCGCGCAACAAUCUGAUAGUGUUGACAGCACUUUAAAGGCAGCGGGGAUGACUCUGAGCAUGGAGGGUGCAACAGUGACGUGCCAGGAUGUGGCGACAUCAUUGUCCCAGCAAGUUGUGGCCAUGGAGAAAGAGUUGAUGGCAGGCAGGACGAGGGAGAGAACAGAUGAGUUAUUCCCAGUUGGAAGGAAGCAAAUCCAGGAGCUGAAUCCUUUGGAGAUGCGUCAGAUAAAAACUGAUUCACAACAGCAGGGGGGAGCGCAGGAGCAGGAGCGUCCCACUCCAAGUAGGAUAGAAGAGGAGGCAGGGUUGGAGGCCAAAAGGAGUAGGCUGGAAGAAGAUGAUGAUACAAAGACACAAAGGGAGGUGGAGCACAAGACUCAGGCACGGACGUCUGAAGGGGAUGUCUUAAAAGACAAAGAGCAGAGAAGAAGAAGGAGCAGCCAGGUUCAGAGAGAGGGAGAGCAGAAGGGUUUGGUCCAGAGGAGAGUUAUCUUGUUGGGAGCUCUGAGGGAGAUAAAGAGAGCAGCUGGGCAGCUGAGCUUCCAGGAGCCCUCCCUGCCCGCCCUGCAGCACAGGACACGAGCCUUGAUAGAGCUGGACAGUCGUCUCGCUGGCCACCGCUCUGAGCUGCAGCUCAUACGAGAUGAAUCCUCACAGUCAGGAAUGUCUGAUGUGAGUCCGACCGGAGAGGUGGAGGAUGUCUGGGUGGAGGCCCAAAAAGCUGUAACUGAACGGCUGGAGCGGUGUGGCGCCCUGACGGAGCUGCUGAAGAGGUUUCAGAGCAUUCGUGGGGAGCUGAGUGGGACCCUGCAGAGGGCAGAAAGCACCAUCAGUGAACAAGCCUCCUACAUGGGGAGAGAGAACCUGCAGAGACUGCACACCAAGGUCCGGGAAACAAAAGCGGAGCUGAAUGGUCUCGGCGACGGCAUAGAGGAGGUCCGCAGUGUCUGCAGGCAGCUUCACACUCGUCUGCGACAGAUCCCAGAAUGCACCGUCAUCCCAUUUGAGGACGAAGCGGACGCUCUCAUGGACCGCUGGCUGGAUAUAUCCGAAAGGACAGAUUCCCACGUUGAAAGCCUCCACCGUGGCCUGACUCUGUGGGACGGGCUCCUCCAGCUGGGAGCAGAGGUGGAGAGCUGGACGGCCAAUAAACUAGCAGCGUUUGCUCAGUCUCCGUCCUUUCAGACGGAGGAAGACAUCACGGCCUUUCAGAGUGAGAUUGUGACCCAAGAGGAGAACAUGGAGCGCUUCCACCAAAGAGCCACAGAGAUCCAGGCGCUGCUUCACAGCUCAGAGCCCCCGCUGGAGCUGCAGGUUGUGGAGACCCAGAUGAGGAAGAAGAUCGAGCAGCUGAAGGAGCUUGUUUCUGAAGCUGAGGACGUUUACAGGCAGAUGGUGGCUGCUACGGGACACAUCACUGGCAGGAUGGCAGAAUGCUUCAACUCCCUGCAGAAGAUUCAGGACUCGCUCCUCACUCUCAGUGGUUCUGAUGCUGCAGCAGUCCUUGUGAAACUUAAGGAUCUACUUCUUGAGCUCCAGGCGCAGGAUGAGCAGGCGGAGAGUCUGCUGCAGGAUGUGCAUGUUCUGACCUCCAUAGCGAGUCCCGUCAGCCUACAGAGUCUGUCUGCGGACGGGUCUCAGCUGCAGGAGAAAGUCAGAAACAGCCACCAGCUCUUCUCUGAGGUGGAAGAACAGACUGAGAGGAACAUCCAGGAUCUGGACAGGCUGCAAAGGGAGGGUCAGCGUUUGCAACAAUGGUUGCAAGGCGUUGAGGAAAAAGCAGCGAAAGAGGAGGAUCUUAGUCUCCUGCAGGAGGAAGCGCUUCAACAAAGGGUGACGUCAGAGGCCCUCAAUCAACUUGUGUCAUCCUUGCAAAGCAGCACGCUUCAGCAGUCUGCUGUGGUGGAAGAGAGCAGAGAGCUGCUGCAACGAUACCGCAGCUUUCAAAGCAACGUGGCGUGGUGCGGCUCCACGGAGAAGCAGAGCUCUCCGAGUGCAGACAUCGAGGUGUUUCAGACGCUCGUGAAGCCCACUCAAUCCCGGGUCGGAGAUCUGAGGCGAACUGUUGGUGAAAGCCUCGGCAUCCAGAGUCCAGCAGAGCAGAGACUUCAGCGAGCUGUAGUAAGUGCGACGGUCGAGGGGGAGGCUCGUCUUAAAGAGCUCAGAGUUACUGGCAAGUGUCUGAGCCUCAGACUGUGUGACGACGAUCUGAAGCGGGACAUUGGGGAAAGCAUUCAGACAGCAGCGGAGCAGCGGAGCGACCUUCUGCAGUCAGCUCAGCUUUAUCACAGUGUUGCUGAUCCAGACGUCACCUCCUCGUCCCUGGCUCAGAGACAGCCGGCCUGCAGCAGAGUGGAGGAGCUCCAGCAUAGAGCUGCUCAGCUCCCCACUUUGUUCCCCUGGCCCGGCGCUUCUGAGCGCAGACACAUCUGCCUUCAAGCCCGUCAACUGCACGAUGAGGCUGAAUCCCUGCAAUUAACUCUAACGAGCCUGGCUGAGCAGAGGAGGGAGCUGUUGGAACAAACCAGCGACGCCAUGUGGAACGAUUCGUCCUCGGCCGAGCGGGAGACCUACUGCUCACUGAUGGACGAGCUGAAGGGUGUGUGUUCCCGCCUGGAGGAAGGUGUGUGUGAUGAGGAACAGUUCGGUCAGUCAGUGCAGGCCUGCCAUCGUAAGUUGACAUCCCUGCAGGAAAGGAUGUCCGCCUGGCAAGCCCAGAAAGAAGCACCUCUGGAGGCUUUGCUUCAGGAAGUAACCGACGUAGAAGAAGACCUUUUACAAAUUGUAACACUGAAGGACUCCAUCACAGCCAGCUCUACAGCUGAGGCCCGGGCCAGCCUCUCCCAGCAAGUCAGCGACCUACAGAACCACAAGAGGGCAGUAGACGGUAGCGUCAGAGAACAUGUGGCUCUGCUCACAGAAAGCAACAACCGGAGAGUUCAACGUGUGAAGGAUGAGGUCACCUGUGUUCAAACCGCUCUGAAGGACCUGGCUGAGAAUCUGUGUGGGACCCGUGAAGUGUUGCCUGGAAUGAGCCAGCUCAAACAGCAGUGGUGUACCAUACAGGACUGUGACUCCAGGCUGACGGAGCUGUCUGCAAGAGUUGACCACCUGCAGAAGACCGGGGAGUCCAGCGUCGCACGAGAAAUGGUUCCUGCAGAUGUCACUUUGAACGUUGAUGCAGUUGCUAAAGAUCUUGACAGCCUCAGAAGCAUUUCUCAACAAGAGAAGCAGGAAUGUGCUGAAAACACUGCGCACAGGGUGAGACAGGACACGGGCCGGCUGCAGGAGUGGAGCCAAACAGUACAAGCUGCACCGUCGUCCAUCAGCCAGGCCGCUCUGGAUGAAGGUUUGUGUCUUCAACGAGGUCUUCAUGAAGUGCUCACAGAACGAGAGUUUCUUCUUAACUGUCUGGGAACAAAAGUGACAAAGAAACUGGAGAAAAGUGCUUCAGAUGCUCUCAGUGAAAGCACGGCUGCACUCAAAACGUUAUCUAAACGCCUGAUCAGUCGAGGUCAUGGUGAAGUGCAGUUGGACAAAGAGUUGCCAGGCAGAGUUGCAGCGUGCAGUUUUGCUUCCCCCGAUGAAACUACAGCUCUGUGUCCUCCUGCUUCUUCUUCUUCUUCUUCUUCUUCUGAAAGUGGUCAGAACCCCAGUGUCACACUCCUGGUGGGACCUCCAGCGACAGAGCCACACAACUCCCCCCUUUCUACCAGUGAACAGCAAUCAGAAACAUUUGAGGCGGUCACAGAUGCUCGAGAACGAGAGAAACACUCCGAGGACAUCAGUGCGAUCCCAAAGAAAGUGUUUUCAAUAGUGUUGGACAUGGAGCAAAAUGAGAAUUACAGUCCAGACUUUGAAAGCCUUCAUCGGGCAGCACGCUCAGAGACAUUUAAAACAGUCACUGACGCUCGAGAGAAGAAGGAAUCCAGUGAGGAUAUCAGUGUGAGCCCAAGUAAAGUGUUUACAAUAGUGUUGGACAUGGAGAUGCCUGAGGACCGUGUUGCAGCCAGCCGUCCAGAUGUACUCAGACAGGAAGCAGAGGUGUGCGACGCUCAGCUCACAGACCAGUCAAGUAUUCUUGAGAAUACAUCCGGACUCUUUACAACACCAACGAGUCCUGAAUCAGAUGAAACGGACUUGAAUUAUUUAAUGAAUGAGUCUCAAGUGUUGGACUCACUGGCAGGAAACCCUCUGGUGUUAGUAUGUAGAGAAUCGGAGGAUUCUACAAGCGCCAGAAUAUCCUGCAAAGAAAAGCCAGACACCCGUGAAUUAAUGCACAUUGAGGUGUUGAACUCCUCCAAAUCAUGUGGCGGUGUUACUGAAUGUCUGCUCACCGGCGCACGUGCAGCAGCAACAACAUCUCCGGAAGUCAAACAAGAGAAGAAGACAGAUUUCUGGCACGCCGGAGAGCAAACGACGAGCUCAGUCUUGUGCACGGUGGAAGGAGAAGCUUUAACUGACACACGAAUACCUGCCGGUGACAAUAAACAGCUGACUGUUGCUGACACGGCACAGAGCGCAGGAACGGGACAGGAGCAGAGGGCAGACGGGGGUGACACGGUAGAAGCAAGUGACCCUGAACACACGCAGUCCAAACUUUUGAAAGGGCCAAAAAGACGAGACAAAGCUGCGCAGCUGUUUGAAGAAGGUGAAUGGAAGGGACCUGCAUCGCUGGAGGACACGGAGGACACACAGGGGCAGCCGCAGAUCCAAGACAGCAUGGAGCCUGCGAGGACGGCGGCCGAUCUGCCGGUCGAGGAGGCGACAGGCGGAUCACCAGAGUCCUACAAACACAAGUCCACCAUGCAGGACGUUUUGUCUGACAUCCAGAGCUUGGUGGAAAAAAGUAACAUCAUAAAUCGGAACCCACACAUUGAUUUGAACUGGUACCUGAAGUCCUCUCCGGGUGAACCUGAGAUUCGAUUGGUACGAACUGUCCAAAAGGUUCUGGCAUGUCGUUAUCAACCAGCACAACUCGACGUCCCCGUAAUGGCCAAACAACUGCAGGAGGCAGAGGACUACAGGCGCUGUGUGCAGGAGCAAGUUGCUACUAUGAAGAGCAUGAGCGCUGCCAGGAUUUGUCACCCAGAUGCCUUGAGCAGAGUUGAAGGACAGUGCAGUGCUGCGCUGCUGGACGCCUCUGCCACUGUGCAGGUCAAAGCAGCACAGCUGGAUCAGGUCCAACAGUACCACAAACAGAUGAAGAUCACCAGAGCUUUCCUGGAGGUUGUAGCAGCUGAGAAGGACAAGAUAACCUUAAGUACUUUGGGAAGCAGUGCCCUUCAAGCUAACAGACUCCAGGUCCUGCUGCACACCAUGGUACAGAAGAAAGUCUUUAUGGAAGAGCUCCUCCAGUUAAGUAGCCAAUUGUUGGUCCAUUUGAGCGACGCUGAGAGUUCAGGUGCUCUUCCAGCCCAGCUUGGAGAUGUCCAGGAGGAAUGGAGGCUUUUAGAAGGAAGCAUCAAAAGAGCUCUUCAACAUGCCUCAAGCUCCACCUCUCAGUCCUCUCUCCUAUUAAAAGAGGCCGAACUGCUUAAAGCUAAGCUUGAAGCGUUUCGAAAAUCCAACUUUCAAAGCCAUGAAAACAAAAGCGCUUUAGAAUUUGUUUGUCUGACAACAGACAUAAAACUGUACAACCAGCUUUACUUGCACUUACAGUCCCAAUCAGACGCUCUCGUUCAUUUCUAUCUGGGUCAGAAAGAGAAGGAUGAGAUCAAACAUAGUCUUCAGGAACUGGGGUCUUUGCUAAAUGUCACCAGGAGCAAGCUUGGCACUCCCACAACCAGCGGUGGCGAUAAUUCUUCAGCUAAGAUCAGCAAGCAAUUACAAGACUUGAUCAUAUGGGCCAAGCAGGCAGAAAACCACAUCUCUAUCGGGAAAAAGUUAGCCCUUUUCCCCGAGGAGGCUCGUAAUCAGAUUGUUGAAAUGAAGAAAUUUAAGACCGAUAUUUGGUUUAGAAGAUCCAAGAUGCAGGUGGAAGUUGAGCAGAUGAAAGAUGUAGUCACUGAUAUGGAAAAGGAGGAAAGUGACCAAGAGUUGAAGACAAUAGCAGACCUCUAUGAAGCCAUCGCUGACAGCUUGGAUCAUGUUCUUGACACCAUGAAGAAAGAUCUGCAGGAGAGGGAGAAACUGUUGUGCCAGCUUGCUAGCAUGGAGGCCUGGCUAGUAGAAACGCAUGCCGAAAGAGACCCAUGUGCCCAUGUUGACAAUGUUUCAAAAGCUGACAUCGGAAAGCUGGAGAGUGAGAUGAAAAGUCAUAAAUCAGCCACAAUGGAGAUAGAGAGCCAACUAAAACAGGUGGAAACAAUGGAAGACAGUUGCAGGGAAAUAGCUGUUGGGUUGAGUCCAGGAGAGAGCCGCUACCUUGUCAAUAGACUGUCUGGCCUUCGCACAGAAUUAGACGGAUUGCUCGCUCAUGAGAAAGCAGCCAGCUGGGAAUUAGAAGAGCUGAUUCAUGAGCGAACCACUUCAGAUGACGAGUUAUCGACCAUCCAGGCUAGCUUAAAGCAAAUUUCCACUGAUUUGGAGCAGCAAAGGUUCCCUUUAACACAAGAAACACUUUCAAAAAUUGAACAUCUGAAGCACAUGCUAAUGGAGCAUCAGUGUCAAGUACAAGAGCUUCAGCACUGCCAGGAGGCCAGGCGAAACUCGCUGCUGUGCACCAUUGGGGAACUGCAAGACCAUUGCAAAGCUCUUAGUGUUAAUACCAUUGAGCAAGACAAAUAUCAGCACAUGAGGAGACAAAUGGAGGAAUCCAGGGACAUUGCCAAAGAGCAAAUUGAAUUGGCCAAAGAUAAAACACUCAGUGUGGGUGAGAGGGUCAGACUAUGCCAAACACUCUUGAUUGAACUUCCUCUGGUGAAGACACAGUGUCAGGAAGCAGCAGACCAAUUGGAGGCCAUAGCUCAUGACUUGUACCCAUCUGAAUAUACUUCAGAGAAGCAGAGGAUUCACCACACAGUGGAAACUUUAGUCUCUUGGGAGCAUUCGGUCACAGUUGAUAUCAAAAACCUAGAGGCCAAGCUUCUGCUCGGUCUGCGUUUUUCCUCCGAGCUUCCUGCCUUAAUAGAGCUUUUCCUAACAACAAGAGAGGAGCUGGAGGGAGCCGAACCAGUAACUCCAGAUGAAAAAGCCAUAGAUAUUGCACUAAGAAGGAACUGGAUUGUUUGGAGGAAUAUGGAGUCUGGGAUGAGGGUGUUAGAAGGUCUGGGACGGAAGGAAAAAAUGAACCUGAAGAGCUACAAGGAACUGUACUCUCUUAGGGAUGGAACCAUGCAAGAGUGCCAUUUACGAAUGGAGAGUUUAUGCCAGGCGAGAGAGUCCUUGAAAGACUACCAGUGGGCUGCUCAGGGAGCAAUAGGCUUCCUCCAUAAUGCAGAAGCCACCUUCUUAUCAGCUUCUGGAGGGUUUUUGGACUGUACUGAGGAACAAAGACAGACUCGGCAGGCUCUAGAAACUCUUGAAGAUGGAUUUCAGGCUCACAUCUGCCACCUUGUGGAACUGGUGCCGCAACAAGCCUGCCUGUCCCGCCCGAAGACAGAGCAGCUGCACAUCAGCGUCCUCAGUCAGCUGUUGGUGGGCCGAGCCGUGCUGGAGGCCCAGGCCCAGCUCAGGCUGGAGUCCUUGCAGAGGUGUGAAAUAAGACAACAAAGUCACAGAAAGUGCCAUGAAGACAUACGUCACCGCCUCUCAAGGCUUGAAGCCAAGCUCUCACAAUGUGCUGCAGAACAAGUGACGUCAUAUGACAAAUGUGUCGCCCAACAAAAAGCAGCUAAGCUUCUGAUGGAAGGUCUCCGCAGCCUCGCAGGUAAGAUAGAAGAACUGAGAACUGGAUGUCCGAUGCAGGGCUGUGGUGUUGGAAAGGACAGGGAGUUGGGCGCCCUCUGGAGGCGCUGGGUGUCACUACGCCGCGGUGUCGGCCUGCUGAUGGCACACACAGAACAGAGAGGGGAGGAAUGGAAGGACAUCACAACAAGUAUGGAGCAGUGUUGCAGCGUUUUGGCCUGUCUUCAGUCUGACGUUCCCGACUCCUCCACUCUGAGCUUCACUCAAGAGAAACCUCUGGAGCAUCUGGCUCAAGCCGAGAUGCACCAGACCGGGCUGGAGCAGGAGCAGCAGGCCUUAGCCUCUCUGGAGCAUCGACUGGAGCACGCCCUGAGCUUAUCUAGUUCCCAGGAGCCCAUCAGCCCUGGACCUGUUGGCAAAACACUAGUGAAGAUCCAAGAGAAUGUCAGGAGCUUGAAAGAGAGAAACCUGCAGGUGGUAGCUGCAGCCCAGGCAGAGGAGAGAGAGAGAGAGCAUGUCCAAGAGGAGAUAGGAGAGGUGGUGCAACACAUGUUCGCCCUUCUUCCCUCGCUGGAAGCCUGUUCGAGUCUAUACAAACAGCAGGAGCUCAGAAAGGAUUUGUCCUCCCAGAAAACCAAGCUCAAGUGUAUCAUGGACGGCGUGCAGAGCCGGUAUACUGAGGUACCAGCUGAUAUCAGCCGAAUGUUGCAAGAAGUUCAGCUGUCUCUACAAAGAGAAGAGGAGAAGCUCACGGAGAAGACGAACCCAGUUCGGAAGCUGGCUGGUGAAGUGGUGGAGUUGGGUUCUGGUUUGGAUAAAGUGAAAGCGUUACUGAAGCAAAAGAGUGCAACAGUGAAUGACGCUCAAAAUGUUCUCAAGCACGCUUGGGAUGAGCUGGAUGCAUGGCACAGCCGCUUGAUGCUCCUGGAGAGCCAGGUGCAGGAUCUUGCGGAGGAGCAUCCAGAACAAGCCCACCUGCUCUUCGACAAACUCACCCAACCACUGCAGCUCUACCAAGACACGGCGCAGAUGACCGAGCAACGCACCGCCUUCCUCAGCAAGAUCCCCGCCUGUCUUCAGGAGUUUGAAGACAUUCUGUACGGCGCCACCUGCUGGUUGGACGAGGCCCAGUCGUGGCUGAGUGCUGCCUGCUCCUUCACAACAGCCAGAGGCCUCCAGAAUCAUGCAAACUCCCUGCAGCUGGUGCUGGACGACUCUGAGAGGAUCAGACACGCCCUGCGGGACUUCAGGCCGGUCCUGGACGAGAUCUCUGCUGUGUGUGACAUCAGCACCCACGAGGAGAGGGUGACGCAGAACUACCAACAAGUCCACAACAUGCAACGCAAGAUCCUGGAGCCACUGGAGCAGCUGCUGCAGGCUGCUGUGGUGGUGGAGGCAUUAGAAGUAGAGCUGAAGACCAUGGAGAAGAAUGUCCCGAAGAUCCAAGCGAUUUUAUCCUCUGUGGACAACUCCAACAUAACUUUGACGGAGCAUCUUCAAGAUCGACAGGUGAUCCUGGCCACCAUGCAGUCAAUGUGGAGGACAUGGGAGCAGAUGGAGAGGUGCAAAGGAGAGCUCCACCUCCCACAAGGAGCAGGGGACAGCCUGCUGGUCUUCUCCAGAGCCAGACUGCUGCUGCAGCCGCUGAAGGAGCUCGAACAACUCACCCAGCAACAAGCCACGCUGCUGGAGAACAAGAUUAGGGAGGAGAAAGAAACCUGUAGGGAUCCUGGCAUCACUGCAGUCUCUGAGCCUCCUGAAGAAAUGCAACAUCCAGACAGAUUUCCAAAAAGACUCUCAGUCCAGCAGGAGGUGUUUGGGGUGUCUAAUUCAGAGGAAGAGGAAGACGAGGAAAACGAGAGUUGUCACUCGUCGUCCUCUGACACACUAACGUGCAGUAUUCCAGAGGACCCGGAGGAAACACUCAACGCUUCAGAUGUGCAAACUGAAGAUAUUGCAGACAUUAGGCAACUGUCAGAAGUUAAGGCCCCGGGGAGUUCUCGGUUCUCCUCUGAAGGGGAGACGAGCUCAGAAGGAGCUGACGCUGAGCUUUUAUCUGUGAAGCCUGAGCUUCAUAUAAAACAUCCUGCAUCACAAAAUGAGGAAACUGAAUCAAUAACAAUGGAUUCCAAAGCCGAUGUUGGUAAAGCAUUGGAUCCUGAGAGUGUGACGGCUGCAGACGAGUUUCCUGCGGCUGCCACUCUGGACCGACACGGAUCACUGGAACGCGAAGCUCUUGUCGACCAUCAUGCAAAGUCCCUUCAGGCGGAAGCUGCAGUGGAAGACAUUAGACUGAUUCCUGCAAGACCAAGAAGUCUGUUCACUGCCACGAGAGCAUCUGAUGAGUUCAUGGAGGAGGGAGAUGAACAUCUGUCUUUGUCCACAGCUCCUCAUCAACAGCUGGAUACUCUCAACGUAUCGAAGGAGCAAAGGGAAGUUGGUCAUAACGCUUUGGUGGAAGAAUCCCAACAGGAGUCAUCAGAGGAGCCGAUCAGUUUGUCUGGACAUGAAGAAGAAGAAGAAGAAGAAGAAGAAGAAGAAGAAGACAAAGAGCAGCUGAGGUGGAGUCGACUUCACACCCAGAUCGCUCAAAAACUGAGCACUUUGAACAAAGAGAAGGAGGAGCAUCAGAUCCACUCAGAGGACGGGUCGACCCUUGACAAGGACCCAGAGAUGGAGCUGACACCACCCGGCUCUGCUUCUGCAGUUCUGCAGCAGACACACGAGUCCGUCGCCAUGCUGAGACAAACGGUGAGCUCUCCAGGGUUAAAUGAGGAGUUGUACGAGGCUGCGCGGCGAGUCCUCGUCUGUCUGGGCGCUCUGACCGACCUUCUGUUGGCUCCUGGUGAAGACGACCCCCGGCUGAGGCUGCUGCAGCAGGAGUGUGCAUCAGCUGAGCUGCUGACUCUGUCUGAGCUGUUGAGUAAAGUGGAGUCGGAGAACAAACCAUUGAGAGGAAGAGCAGAAGCUCUCCGCUGUUGGAACUCCCUUCAGGAUUGUCUCCACGCGGUGCAGCUGCUCUUCUCCUCGUCACACAACCAGCUCAUCCAACAUCUGGGACACACACACCAGCAUCAGGAGCACGCCUCCAACAGGCUGUGUGUUGUGGACGAGAUCGAACCGGGACGAAGUGAGAAGUUCCCCAGCAUAAAGGAGUCUCGCUGUUUGGAGCGGUGUGUGCUGGGCCGACAUCAGAGGGAGAGUCCAGGGGAAGAAGAGAAGCUGCAGCGAGCUGCCCGGUCCUUGCUUCAGGGGAUAACUCGCCUCCUGGAACUGGGUGAAGAAUGCAUAACAGGAGGGCAGAUGAGACGGGUUCACAGCCGCAGCCAACUUCAAGCGGUUCUCUGCAGACACAAGAAGCUCCUGCAAGUCCUCGGGUCUCAGUUGGCUUUCGUGCAACAUCUGUUCCAACGUGAGCCAGAAGCACUCAAGUGCCAGGAGGAUGAGCGGGUGCAGCUGGAAGUCCGAGCCAAAGCUUUGCAGCAACAGGCUCUGGAGCAGGAAGUGGCUUCUCAAAGGAGGAUGCAGGACUGGACCCGCUGGGAGGACGAUUGCGGUCGACUUGGCGGGCUGCUGGACGACCUUGAAGCCUUCAUUAGCAGCGGGGAAGCAGAGGGAGACGACGAGAGGUCGGCACAGCACCGACGAGCUGCCUGCCAGCAAACAUUGGUCCAGCUGGAAGAGAGCAGAGCUGCGUUAGGACUGCUCCUGGAUCGGCGGGAGGCGCUGCAGACACAGGAGCCACAGUUUGCUGCCACAGUCCGUCAUGCAGGAGGCGCUCUGGAGCUGCGAUGGCAGAGCGCCUACAGGCGGGCGGAGCAGGAGAGUCGACGCUGCGGAGACAUCCAGGACAGCCGGGCCAGAUUCCACACGCACUUCGCUUCAGUCAGUGAAUGGCUGGUCGGCGCCAACAAACACCAGAAGACCUGGUCGAACCUGGCCGACACGUCGGACCUGAACCAGGAGUGUAUUCACAACAACCUGAUCAAGCUGCUGGACUUCUCCAUGGAGAUUGAAGCCAUGUCGGUACAGAGGGCGUCUGCAUCCCGGGAAGCCACUCGACUCCUCCACCUGAGGGAAGCUGACUGCCCCGGGCUGAGAGCUCAGCUCGCCCAGCUGGAGGGAAACUGGAGCCAGCUGACCUCUGACCUGUCCAAGACACAAGAGCGGCUGCAGCAGCGGCUGCUGGCAGCAUGGCCACCGGUGAAGCUGCUGUCUGACUUGGAGGACUGGCUGAAGAAGCUGGAGGCUCAGCAGAACGAGGAGAAGGAAACCAUCCUCAAGGCCAAAGACGCGGCUCAGAUCACAGAAAUACUGCAGCACAAACGGGAGUUAAAGGCCGGCAUGGUCAACGGGCAGCUCCUUCUUGACUUCCUGUGCCAGUCUGGGCCUCAGGCGCUGGGAGUGGACGUCCGGGCGCUUUGCUCCGAACGUACAAUGUUUGCAGAGAAACUGGGCGCCCUCAGACUGCAGUGGCUGCACAUUCAGAGAGAGCUGGAGAGCCAGAUUCAUGAAGCCGAACAGAUGCAGCACACUUGUGCAGACAGAGAGCGGCGGUUACAGCGUCUUCACAUCUGGAUAGAACAGCAGCAGAAACAGCUGACUCAGUGGAAACAGCCCACCAGUCACACUGUGGCUCGUCAGGCUCUGCUGGACUGGGAGGCUCUUGUGAGCAGAGUGAAGGAGGUGGCUGCAGCUUUGCAGGAGUUGAAAGCCACACGAGUGCACGUUGAAAAGGAAGACGAUCACCCUUGUGAUCGCUCCUUCUCCGGCCACGCGGACGCCGUUUGUCGCGCUUGUGUGGACCUUACUCAACAGAUUGCGGCUCUGCGAGCAGCUGUGCAGCAGAAUGUGGAGGAGUGGAGUUGUUUUGAGAAGGAUCUGAGGGAGGUCUCUCUGCACACCACGAGGGUGCACUGUGCUCUGCAGCACCAGCCUCUGUUCUCUCUGCAGCAGGCAGAAGGACACGUGGACCUCCUGCAGCGACUCCAGGAGAAGGUCAGGAAAGGAGAAGAGCUUUGGGCAUCUGUGGACAAAUCUUAUCAAAUCCUUGUAAAGACUCUUCAUCCUGGAACAACUCAGGCGCUGGAUCUGCAGCUGGAAGGAGAGCGGAAACGGUGGAGGGGCGCGGUGCUGGAGUUGGAGGACGAGCACGUGAAGACCGCAGAGACACUUUCCCUCUGGCAGGAGUUCACUCGCCUCUCUGAUCGAUGCUUCCUUCACCUGCACACUCUGCGGCGUCAGUGGGAGGAGCUGUCGAGACCUUCAGCUCAGCAGGACUCACGGGCCACGCUUCACUCGCUGGAGAAGCUGCAGGAUGCUGCUGAGGAUUUGCAAAGCAGUGUGGGAGAUGUGCUUGUGGCUUCCAAGCCUCUCAUUGGACGGCUAGAACAUCUGGCGGCAAAUUUAAUCCAAUCAGAGACCAGACUGUUGUCACGUGACGUCCUGCUGCUGAGCCAGGCGAUGUCAGGAAAAAAGAAAAGUCUUCAGGAGGAUGUGGAGCAACGGGAACUUUUUCACACUCGACUGGAUGCCCUUGAAAAGCAGACGCAGACGACGCAACAUAAACUCACAACUGGCUCGAAGGACACAAACUCUGCGAAGCUUCUCCUGGAGCUCGGUGAUCUGUCUCCGUCACUGGCUGACGUCAGGGAGAUGAGCGGUUAUGUGACCCUUAACAACCACGAGAGGCAGAGACUGCACAUGCUCAGCAGACGGUGGGUUGAGAGCAUGACUCACACGUCUGACAUAAACAGAGAGCUGCAUUCAAAGCAUCAUAAUUCUCAGGACUUUCAGCAGAAGUGUAAGAGCCUGACGUGCAUCCAGAAGAAGCUCGAAGAUGAAUCCAUUUCUAAAAAGCCUCAAAGUCUCUCCAGCCUCCGAGAGAUGCUCACUUCCCAUCAGAGGCUUGAAGCUGAAAUCGUUAUUGGACAGCAGCUUCUGCAGAGUCUUCUCCGUCACGCAGUCGAGUCCAUGGAAAAAGAAACGGGGGAGAAAAGAUCUGAACUCAUGGCACAAACGUUCUGCGCGAGGGAGAGCUGGCUCACAUCCGUUGCUCUGGCUGGCCAGCGCAGGUCCUUGACAGAAGAACGACUGGGCGAGUGGAGACUCUACCGUGGUGGCUUGAAACUUUUGUGGAAGCUGUUGAGGGACGUCGACCCUCUGCUGCCCCCUGCUGGACCUGCUGUGUGCGCACUGCAUGAGCUGCGAAGCUGUGCCGAUCAUUACCAGUGUGUUGAAGACGCUCUGGCUCUGCACUCCACCGUGUACAACCAGACGCUGGAGGCCGGAGGACACUUAUGUGAAACCGUGACGGAGACUGAGUGUCAGAGUCGACUGCAGUCAGAGCUGCGGGCCGUGCAGGAGGCCUGGGAGCGAACCUCCUCACUGCUGGAGAGGAGGAGAGAGCUGGUCCGCACAACGGUUCAGAAGUGGGCGCAGUGUCAGGAUGGGAUAACCAGCCUCACGUCUGAAGUGGACGAGCUGAGCAUCGUGCUGAAACAGCCGCUGCCUGAGAGAGCGCAGGACUAUGAGGGCGAGGAACACGUUCAGGAGACAGACUUCUCUCUGCAGCAUUUGGCCAGUGGAUUUAGGGAAUUGACCACCAUGAAGACGGACCUGUGCCAGUACGUCGCUGCCGGUGACUCGGCUCUGCUGGAGCAGCAGCUGGAACAACUCCACGCUCAAUGGGAAGAGCUGUGUAUGAAGGUUUCCUUGCGCAGACAGGAAAUCGCAGACCGCCUCAACGCGUGGACCAUCUUCAGCGACAAGAACAAAGAGUUCUGCGAUUGGCUGACUCAGAUGGAGAACAAGGUGUGCCACGGCGGAGAUCUGAGCAUCCAGGAAAUGGUGGAGAAACUGAAGAAGGACUGCAUGGAGGAAAUCAAUUUAUUCAGUGAGAAUAAAAGCCACCUGAAGCAGCUGGGUGAGCAGCUGCUGUUAGCCAGUGACGAGGCCAAGCAGACGCAGGUACACGGCUCGCUGCAGGAGGUCAACCAGCGGUGGCACAACCUCUUCCACAACAUCGAAGCCCGGGUGAAGAAGCUGAAGGAGACUCUGGUGGCGGUGCAGCAGCUGGAUAAGAACAUGAAUAACCUCCGCUCGUGGCUUUCUCGCAUCGAGGCCGAGCUGUCCCGACCCGUCACCUACAGCGUCUGUCACCACCAGGAGAUCGAGAGGAGGCUGGCGGAGCAGCAGGAGCUGCAGAGGGACAUCGAGCAGCACACGGAGGGCGUAGCGUCGGUGCUCAGUCUGUGCGAUGUUUUGCUGCGGGACGAAGAUGCUGCUGGAGGGUCAGAGGUGGAGAGCGACUCCCUGCAGGAAACCAGCCACAGCCUGGACCAGCGCUGGAGGGCCAUCUGUUCCAUGGCUCUGGACAGGAGGCUCAGGAUCGAGGAGACGUGGAGACUCUGGUGCAAGUUCCUCGACGACUACUCGCGGUUUGAGGAUUGGCUCAAGAUGGCCGAGCGCACCACUGCCAACCCCAACUCUGCAGACGUCCUUUAUACCGUCGCCAAGGAGGAGCUGAAGAAGUUUGAGGGUUUCCAAAGGCAGGUUCAUGAGCGGCUGACCCAUCUGGAGCUGGUCAAUAACCAGUACCGCCGCCUGGCCCGGGAGAACCGCACUGACCGAGCCAGCCAGCUCAAAGUCAUGGUCCACGAGGGCAACCGGCGCUGGGACGACCUGCACCGCAGAGUGUCCGCCAUCCUCCGCAGACUCAAGCAUUUCACCAGCCAGAGGGAGGACUUUGAAGGCACCAGGGAGAGCAUGCUGGUGUGGCUGACCGAGCUGGACCUGCAGCUCACCAACGUAGAACACUUUUCAGAGAGCGACGUCCAUCACAAGAUCCAGCAGCUCAACAGCUUCCAGAAGGAGAUCACCCUGAACACGGAGCGCAUCGACGGCCUGAUCGUGUUCGGAGAGGGUCUGAUCCAGAAGAGCUCACCGCAGGAUGCGGCGCUGAUAGAGGACGAGCUGGAGGAGCUGCACUCGUACUGCCAGGAGGUUUUCAGCAGACUGGUGCGCUUCCACCAGCGCCUCAGCCAGCCCCCGAUGAUCAAAGAAGAACCGGAGCUCUCUGCACCCAGCGCCGCCUUUUCCUUGGAGUCGAGCUUGGAGCUGAUUGGCCGACCGUGGCUGGGGCGGAACCAAGGAAGCCUCCCGGCGACGCCCACCCACCUGUUGGCCUCACCGCUGGAGCGCUCGGGGCGGGAGACCCCGGUGAGCGUGGACUCCCUGCCGCUGGAGUGGGACCACACCGGAGACGUAGGAGGGUCAUCGUCACAUGAGGAUGAGGAGGAAGAGGAAGAAGAUGAGGAUGACAGGACUUACUUCAGCGCACUAUCAGAGGUGGAGCGGACUGAGAGCCCGGAGGAAUUUGUCGAAGCCCCGGAGGUCUCCUCACCGGGUCGGCAAAACAACGUCUUCUGCUUAAUAAAUCCGCUGACGGCUCUUCAAGUUUCAAGCGUGGCCGCGCACGAGUCUCCAGAAACACCGUCUCUGGAUGCUGAGGACCACGCUGAGGCUCCACGCCCCCUCACCAGCACGCCUCGGAAGCAGGGCUACCUGCGUCUCAUGUCUCAGUGCAGCGGCAGCAUCGAGGACAUUAAAAGAGUCUCACUGAUCCUGGAUGACGAGGAGCGGCCGGAGGAGCUCGGUCUGACGGGACUGACGGCGUCAGACAAACAGUCGGGUGUGAUUGAACGCUGGGAGCUGCUCCAGGCUCAGUCCAGGAGAGACCAGCACGCCGGCCCUCAGGAGCCCCAAAGCCUCACAUCUGACCUCGCCGACAUCACUUCCUGGUUGGAAAACGUGACCCUGGAGCUAGAGCGCCCCCAGCUGUCCGACCCGGCAGCCAGUAUCGAGGACAUGGCAGCCAGAGCCAAAGAACUAAAGGAGAUGCAGAAGGUGUUUACUCGCUACAAGUCCGUCAUGCUCUCCGUCAACCUGCGAGCUCAGGAGGCUCCAGAGCUGCAGGAGAGGCUGGUUGGGAUGAACCGGGACUGGAGCCGAGCGUGCACAGGCCUGCAGCGGUGGGACGGCAGUCUGAGGAAGACACUGAUGCGCUGCCAGGAGUUCCAUGAAACCCUCCAUUCUCUGCUGUUGUGGCUGGCCCACGCAGAGAGCAGGCGCUACGCAGUGGACAUCAGUGACCCAGACACACCCGUCGGAGCCCUACAGCAACACCGCCGCACGCUCUCCGAUCUGCAGGAGGAGCUGCAGGGCAGGCGGACUCAGCAGGCCUCCCUCCAGGCCCUGUGGUCCCAGCUGCAGCCCGACGACGAGGAGAGCGGCGAGGCCCAGGAGAAGCUCCACGUGACCGGGAGCAAACUGAAGCUGCUGCUGAGGCAGGUGGAGCAGGACCUCGGCAGCCUGCAACAGCGUCUGGAUUGUGAAUCUGCAUCAGAAGUCCAAGAACAAAGCUCGUCUGCAGAUCCAAAGAAAGGUUCCUCUACUCAAAGAGAGAAGAGGGCGUCGUCUCCUCCGCGGUCCUUCUUCUACCGGGUCUUCCGCGCCGCCUUCCCCCUCCACCUGCUGCUGCUGUUCCUCCUGCUCCUCCCUUGUCUGAUCCCCGUGUCCGAGAGCGACCCCGGCUGCACCGGGGCCAACAACUUCGCCCGGUCUUUCUACCCCAUGUUACACUACACCAACGGCCCACCGCCCACCUAACGCUGAGAAACACAAGUCACCUUUUUGUCACACCUGAACAAAACGUGUAAAGUUGAAAUGUUAAGCUGCUGAAGUGAUCGUCUUCUAAAAAAAAAAAAAAACUAUUUCUAUUGUUAAAGAUUUGAUCUUGGAACAGAUUGUAUUUAUUUCAGUCGACUGCAGGAAAAACACAAACGCAGAUAUUUAUGUGUUAUAAUGCAAAAGAUCUUUACGCCACUGCAGCCUGUCGGACAUCUCCCUUUGAGGAGCGACACAUUCAGAUGGGGUAACGCAGCAUACGUCCAGCAACAGCGUAGAAAUAUGAGUUUAAAUAUCCUUCAGCGAAGCCAGCGAACAUAUUCCAGUGAGUUCAUCAGGAUCAAAUCACAAUAUUCUUCCCAGCUUCCAACCACAGAACAGAUCAUCGGUGGACGUCCACUAAACAAAGCUUAUCACAUGUUUACAUUAUCCAGUCCAACAUUACCCAGCAUGCUUCAUGUCAGACCUUUUUAAAAAAGAUAUAUUUUUUAACAACACAAAGACACUGGUUUAAAUUUGAAUGUUUUCUUUAUAAAGCCAACCGUACAAAAUGAUUGCAGUUUCAUACACACAAUUGUAUAUCCAGAUUGUUUUUCUUUUGGAUGCUGUGAGUGUGAGCAGGACAUGUCCGUGCCUCCCACUGUUAAAACACUGUCGAUGUAUCAGGAUGCGUAUGUACAGAAUGUAAUAAUAUAAUGCGUAUUUAUAACAUCAAACGGUGGAUUGUGCUCCUCAUCUUCUGGUAGUAAACACUGAUUGUCUUAACUCUG